AUGGCGUCCCGGUACCAGCCAACGUCCGCGAUUUAUGAAGCGAAUACCGUUCGUCAACGGGGCGCAACGCCAUUAGUGCACCAACAGAAUCGUCCCAAUAUCGGCGACGCACGCAACAGCUUCCAUUAUGCUUCAAACGAAUCCGUUCCGAGAUAUCGUAGAGAUUCCGAUCAACGCUACCAUAUCGGAGCCUCCUUUAAUCAAAUCGCCAGGGUCGAUCCCUAUUCCAGAGAACGGCCGCCUGCGCCAGCUCCUCCCAGCGUUAAGCCUGGUGGACGUCGCGAGUCUGUCGUACGGUUCGACGACUCCGCCCGUCAUCCUAGGCACGUCGACCCGCAGGCGGUAUUCGAGGACGACGAAUCAGACGAUAAUACCGGCUCCGAGCUCGGUGGCAUUUUUGGAGCUCGGCACGACGAUCAUUCACACAAGCGAGCCGCUCAUAACGUGAGAGGGCGCACUUCGCCGGAUGCUAUUGCGAAUAAGUCGAAGACUGUCGGCCGUUUGCCACCCUCCAAGCAGCAAAGCCGACAGUCCCAGGACCACGACGAUGUCUCGGUUUCGGACGACCAGAACUAUGCCCUUAGAAGUCGGCAGCGACAGGCCUAUGCGGACCCACCCUCCCGCCACGGACAAGGUCCUGACGCCGGUACCCUCCCGCAUCCUGUUGGUAACGACCGAACUGAACGUGGAUUUUCUAUGCUAGAUCAGAGAAUGCCGAGCGACGCCCAACGCACCGAAGAUCGACGCCACGAAACGGCCAUCAGAUCUGACGAUCGUGGCAACAACCGUAGUCGGCAUGGACAUAGCGAUGCGCGUGCCCUCGAUGGUGAAAUAUCCCCUGAAGCUCGCGUGGAAACCUUCGCUGGGAAGGAAGGUCGCGAUCGAAGUCCUCCCAUCGAUGUUCGCCACGGUCGCAAAGCGUUAGACAAUGAAGGAGGCGCAGCCAGAUCAAAAUAUCAACAGGCUGUCACGGCAGCCCACAAAGCAUACACCUCGACCAAGGCACAACAACGUCAUGGUGACAACAUUACCGAGAAUUACACGCAACGCAAACCAGAACCAGUCUCGCGGCCAUCUAUACGAUCGCAACGCUACGAUGACGACUCCGAUGGCGACGCUGCCCGUCAUCCCCAAGGCCGAGGCUUCGAGCAUGACGAUCGGCACGGCCAGAACGCUUACCGUACCUCAGAAAGACGAGAACAGCGUCAUAGCAAACUUGAAGACGCUAAUGUCGAUAGGUUGAGGCGCGACAUGGCAACAACCCGACUUGACGACCCGCGUAAGAAUAUGACGCGCAGAGAGGCCGUUGAGAGUGAAAGCCGUGAUCUUCAACGGGACAAGCGCCAUGUCAACCAGCCGUCGUCUCGCAAUGAUAUGCCUCUCGGUAAGAGCGAUGGUAUGUCACGAAACCGCGACAAAGACAACGCUGGCGUUUCUGGUGGCAAACAUUCUGGAGGGAAAGAUCAAAGACAUGGUCCAGUGAGAGCUGCACCGUCUCUGCGCAAAGCUGAUGAUAUCGACGGCGUGUUUGGCGCCAACGCUUCGGGAGCGAGAGGCGAACGCUAUGAUGUUCCCCGAAAUCGUUCCGAAGGGCACGGUCCAGUGAGAGCUGCACCGUCUCUGCGCAAAGCUGGUGACCUCGAUGGCGUGUUUGGCGCGAAAGGUCCUCCUCGACCUAAAGAUGAUCGGCACGGGACUGCUCGACGUGAACGUCCUCGGCACAGGUCUCGAGACCGCAAUGACGAUCUUGUCGAUGAAGCAUCAUAUCGUGGAGCCCAUCGAAAGUGA